GGGCUUGAGCACAGAGGAGCGGCGGCGUCAAGCGGCGUCGUCGAGCGGCGGAAAGUGCGGACACACGGGGCGUCUGUUUGUACAUGCUGAGCUCACUCACCGGGCAGCAGAGCGGCCACCGAUCUUCACCAACACCUACAAAACUGUCACUUCGUCAUGGAGUCCUAUGACAUCCUGGCUAACCAGCCGGUGGUGAUCGAUAAUGGGUCAGGGGUCAUCAAGGCCGGCUUCGCUGGAGACCAGAUCCCCAAAUACUGUUUCCCCAACUAUGUGGGACGGCCCAAGCACGUGCGGGUGAUGGCGGGCGCCCUGGAAGGAGACUUGUUCAUUGGACCCAAAGCCGAGGAGCACCGGGGGCUGCUGUCGGUCAGGUACCCCAUGGAGCAUGGCAUCGUCAACGACUGGAACGACAUGGAGCGGAUCUGGCAGUACGUCUACUCCAAAGAGCAGCUGCAGACCUUCUCAGAGGAGCACCCGGUCCUCCUAACGGAAGCGCCCCUCAACCCCAGCAAGAACAGAGAGAAGGCGGCUGAGGUGUUCUUCGAGACCUUCAACGUGCCGGCGCUCUUCAUCUCCAUGCAGGCCGUCCUCAGCCUGUAUGCCACAGGCCGGACCACCGGGGUGGUGCUGGACUCCGGGGAUGGCGUGACACAUGUGGUGCCCAUCUAUGAGGGCUUCGCCAUCCCCCACUCCAUCAUGCGCGUGGACAUCGCAGGUCGAGACGUGUCACGGUACCUGCGCCUCCUGCUGCGUAAGGAGGGGUACAACUUCAACACCUCGGCUGAGUUCGAGGUUGUCCGCACUGUCAAAGAGAGGGCCUGCUACCUGUCCCUCAACCCUCAGAAGGAUGAGACCCUGGAGACAGAGAAGGCCCAGUACGUCCUCCCUGAUGGAAGCACCUUGAACAUCGGACCGGCCCGUUUCAGAGCUCCGGAGCUGCUCUUCAGACCCGACCUGAUCGGAGACGAGAGCUCAGGGAUCCACGAGGUCCUGGCCUACGCUAUCCAGAAGUCAGACAUGGACUUGAGACGCACACUCUUCUCCACCAUCGUGUUGUGUGGCGGAUCCACGCUCAUCAAAGGUUUUGGCGAGCGACUCCUGACUGAAGUCAAGAAGCUGGCGCCAAAAGACGUGAAGAUCAAGAUUUCGGCUCCACAGGAGAGACUCUACUCCACGUGGAUCGGCGGCUCCAUCCUGGCAUCGUUGGACACCUUCAAGAAGAUGUGGGUGUCCAAGCGGGAGUAUGAAGAAGACAGAGCUCGUGCCAUCCACAGGAAGACCUUCUAGUGCCCCUGAGCUGUCCCUAGACUGCCCUCUGACCCCUCCCUCCCUUCGUCAGAGACUCCACCCCCAUCUGCCCCUGACCACCACGUUUCCCAUGAGGGCGGUGUGACCACUCUCCUACCUGGGGGGUCGUCGGGGGUUGCUGCUUCGCUCGGCUGACUCUCACCACAUGGGGGUGCUGUGCUCCAGCGUAGUGAUAUGUCAACAAACAUGAAUGUUUUUGUUUGUUUUUGCUACUGUUGAAGAUUCCAUUCCAACAUUUAGGUAUGAUUUUCCGACGUUCGCCCUUCACAGCGCUUCAAGUAACUGACACUUACUGUAACACACACACACACACACACACACACACACACACACACACACAGACAGCUUGAGCUGACGUCACCUCCACCGGUGAUCUGUAUUUAAAUGAAAUUCCCCAGUGUGGAGCACGGGGUCACAUGACUGGGUCAGCUGGAGCCGUGGUGCCGACUCGACGCUGACGUGUCCAUCCUGGUAAAAAAACGACCAACAUUGUCUGUCGUCACUUUGGAUGAGAAGUUUUUAUGUAAACAGCAGCCGAAUUAAAGUUAUGUGUCUGAAA